CCUCCUCCUCGUCCUCCCUCCUCUCUGCGGCGACGUCGAAUGGCGCAGCACCGCCAAGGAUCACAAGCUUGGCGGGACUGGUGCGACGGCGAGGGGUCCGACGACGACGACGACGACGGUGAGGAGGGCGUGGGCGGGGUUCUGUCGGCGUUCGUGUGCCCGAUCACCAUGGAGGUGAUGCGCGACCCCGUGGUGGUGGAGACGGGCCACGCGUUCGAGCGGGAGGCGAUCGCGAGGUGGUUCUCGGCGUGCGUGGAGGACGGCGCGCGCCCGCGGUGCCCUGUCACGAUGGAGCCCGUCGACGGCGCUGACCUGAAGCCCGUCAUGGCGCUACGUGCGGCCAUCGAGGAGUGGACGGACAGGCGGGACAGCGCCGAGCUCCGCGGGGCGUGCCGGUGGCUCACCAAGGCUGCCUCGGAGAAGGAGGCGCUACGCGGGCUGGACCGCGUCAUGCGCGGGUGGAGCGGCGCGAGGGUGGGCAAGCGCGUGGUGCGCCGCGACGGGAUGGUGCCCAUGGUCGCCGCCAUGCUGAGGAGCGGCAGCGCAAGAGUGCGCCUCAGAGCGUUACAAGCUCUUCGUGAGUUUGCAAGAGAAGGCGACGAAUACAGGGAGUCUGUAUCCGACGGGGACACAAUUCGUACCAUUGUUAAGUUCAUCGAUCACGAGGAUUGCCAGGAGAGGGACUUGGCUGUAUCAGUUUUGUGUGAGCUUUCAAAGUCUGAAUUGGUAUGCGAAAGGAUAAGUGAUUUGAACGGAGCGAUUCUUAUCUUGGGCAAGGUGGCCUGUAGCAAAGCACAAAACCCAGCGUUAGCUGAGGAGGCUGAGAUGACGCUUGAGAAUCUGGAGAGAUGCGAGAAGAAUGUUCUGCAAAUGGCUGAAAAUGGAAGACUGGAACCUCUACUGAAUCUGCUCAGUGAAGGUUCUCCAGAAAGGCAGCUGCGUAUAGCCUCAUCUCUAGAAAAGAUUGUUCUGUCUAAUGACUUAAAGAACUUGGUGGCCCAAAGAGUGGGUUUACUAUUUGCUGGUGUUGUUGAAAAUGGUACCUUGCAGGCAAAAGAAGUUGCUUUCAAGGUGUUAGAUCAUAUAUCCAGCAAUACAGAAAGUGCCAAAGUUCUUAUAGAGGAUGGAAUCCUUCUCCCACUGUUCCGAGUUCUCUCUGUUGAUGGUGUCAAAUUCCUUCCACCAAGGCUGCAAGAGGCUGCUGCAGCAGUUCUAUCUAAUCUGGUAGCUUGCGGUGUUGACUUUGGGACAGUCCCACUGGAUGAUAAUCGUACUAUAGUGUCUGAAGACAUUGUUCACAGCUUACUUCAUCUGAUCAGUAACACCUCACCACCAAUACAGUGCAAGCUUCUUGAAAUAUUUGUUGUGCUAAGUAGUUCUACUACCACUGUUCUGUCAAUUACCUCAGCUAUAAGGUCUUCUGGUGCUAUAACAAACUUGGUUCAAUUUGUCGAGAGUGAUCAUCAGGAGAGUCGUGCUGCUUCCAUAAAACUGCUGUGCAAAAUCUCAUUUGCAAUGGACCAUGAGAUAGCACAAGUCCUCCGAAGUAGUCCUACACUACUUGGAUGCUUAGUAAGGAUUAUCAGCGACAAUGAUGCAGAUGCAGAUGAGCAAGAUGCUGCACUUCAGGUUCUGGCAAAUCUUCCUAAAAGGGACAGGCGUCUUACCAUGGAGCUCAUGGAGCAAGGGGCUUUCAAAUAUGUUGCUCGUAGGGUGUUAAGCAUAUGUCGAAGAGGGGUUACCAGUAACGCCUUUGAUAGCACAAUGCUUGAAGGCCUUGUCAAAGUUCUAGCAAGGAUAACAUAUAUUUUACGGGAGGAACCACGCUGUGUUGCCCUGUCUCGCGAGUACAAUCUUGCUUCACUUUUUACCAGCUUGCUGAGGCUGAAUGGACUGGACGGUGUACAGGUGCUCUCUGCAAAGGCAUUGGUGAAUCUCUCUGUUGAAUCAAGAUAUAUGACUGGCACACCAAAUUUUGAUGAACAUGAUCAGAAGUCUGUGCUGACCUGGUUUGGCAAGAAACAACCAGGUAUUCAACUCUGCCGCGUUCACUCUGGAAUCUGCUCGAUCAGGGACAAUUUUUGCAUUCUGGAAGGGAAGGCAGUGGAGCGACUGGUUGCUUGUCUUAGCCAUCAAAACAAGAAGGUCGCUGAAGCCUCUUUGGCUGCACUUUGCACCAUACUUGGGGACGGGGUGGAGAUCGCUGAAGGUGUUUCGGUGCUCUCCAGGGCCAAUGCAAUUGAACCAAUCUUCGAAAUCUUGAAAGGAAACCCGACAGGCACACUUCAGCAGAGAGCAACAUGGGCUGUCGAGAGGAUCUUGCGGGCAGAGAACAUUGCGAAAGCAGCUUCAGGUGACCGUGGCCUGAGUUCUGCCCUUGUUCAUGCUUUCCAGAAUGGGGAUACCAAGACACGGCGUAUUGCAGAGGCAGCACUGAAGCACAUCAACAAGCUGCCAACUUUCUCCCAAAUCAUUGAUAGGCAUCCCUCGAGGCGAGGCUCGUCGAUCGGAAGCAUGGAGCGCUACUUCAGGUCAGAUCGCUAGGUUACGGAAUUGUGAACUGACAUGAUGACAUGACAUGAAUAUAUAUGCCUUGUGGACAAUGAAUUUAUUUCCAUCUCAAUUUAAUUUUAUUAAUUUGCUAACGCUAAGAAUUAGAUGGUACAGUUAAUCGUGUCGAAAAAAAUGCAGAUAGACAUUGAUAGUCUUGAUCUUGUGUAUAUUUUGGUUUAUGUACUUGUAAUUUUGGCAGUUCAUGUGUAUAUGUUAUUUUCUGUACUUGCUAGUUUUACAUUCUUCGUGUCUAAGAGCAGGUACAAUAGCAGGCUAUAAGCUAGCUAUAAGUAUAUUUUAUAGAGAUAAGAGGAGAGAGAGAAAAGACGUGGGCUACUAAAUUGUAACACACACGGACUCCAAGACACAGUGUGUGUAUGACAUG